AUGGUGGUUCAAGAUGUAGAUAAUAUAUUCAAUGAAAUGUUUUCUUUCAUGGCUAAGUCAGAUGAUGAAGAUGAUGAGAAUAAGGUAACUAUUCUUGAUUUUAAGCAAAAUCUUAAUACUUAUUCUCUUAAAAGACUGAGAAAAUUAGCAAAUGUUUUGAUUGAUGGUGUGAUUGAGUUAACUUCUGAAAGAGAUUCCAUGAAUGCUGAGUUUGAAAGUUUAAAUGAAAACAGAGAUAAAAUGGGUGAGAAAAUGUCACUAAUUAAAUACAAAAUGACUGUUCAAAAAUCUGAAAAACUAGAACUCAAAAAACAAUUGCAUCAUAUGACUGAGAAGUCUGAAAAACAGAAAGGAAAGUCUACUAGUUUACAAGUUGAAUUGGAAGAAAAAUUGAAAACUACUGAGACUAACCUUGUUUUGGGUUUGGAAAAGAGUAAUAGCCUAGAGAAAGAUAUUGCCAAACUCAAGGAUGAACACGAAAAUUCCCUUAAAUGGAUAAAAUCCUCUAAGCUACUUUCAAAUGAGACAAAUCAAAAAAGUGCCCAUGUAGUCUUUGAUGAAGAUGGAAAUCUGAAAAGGAAAGAAUCAAAAGUUGAAUAUGAGUUAAAUGAGUUGUUUCAAGCUCAACAAAGUGAAAGAAGUAAAGUUGAUACAGGUGAUCUAUUGAAGAUUGACAAUGCUGAUCAAAGUUCAUUUGAAAAGACCAAUGAAGCUGAUAAGCCUAAAGAGGAACCUGAUCCCAUUCAGAAAUCAAUCAAGAUAUCACGCACUCUCCAUAAAAUGAGGAUUCUGUCAUUGAAGAGGACACUAAUAAGUUACAUCCGUUGA